UAAAGAACACCUCUUUCGUGAGGCGGGUGCGUUAUAGUGCUCCAUAAUAGCAGCAGACAAGUAGAGAAAAAAGUUCCUCUGUGGACUGAUGUAAGUGAAUUGAGCAAUUAUCUACUUUACCUUCUCCGCUUGGAGGUAACGAUUGGCGAGGUCUGGGCUGGGUUAUUGACACAACACUUUUAUUGAGCAGUCCUGGUAGACAUAAGUGCUGAUUGUCCGGAGUCAACGUAACGCAAAGCCAACGGUGAGGGGCUGGCGUCGACCCAGACUGUCUUGGACGAUGUCCUUUCUUGCAGGUCAGUGAGACGUUUUAAAGGUAUCUACAAAAGGAACAACCACGCCAGAUUACAAAGUGUUGUCUCUCGUCAUGGACAGUGUGCUCUACCACUCAGCGGGAAUUUUCGGCUCACCCUCUGCUUCGGGAAACUUAGCUGCUGGAGAAAACAUGAUAGCCGCCACCAAGCCUCUCGCUUUUUCGAUCGAACGGAUUAUGGCCAGGACACCGGAACCAAAGUCAAUACCUUUUCCCAACUUGCUCCAAGCACCAGUAACGAAAGCGGACCCAAAGCAAGCGAUCCAUGUGAGUUCAUCCUCGCUACACUGCAUGAUACCCUUUAUGCCAUUGGCAUACGAGACGGGUCACAAACUAAACGUCGGUGGAUCAGAACCGAACCACUUUGACGCUUCUUAUAAUUCGAAUGAUUUGGUGAGUAUUGGUUUGAAUUACAAAAGCGAAUUGCAAGAUAUGCGCCAGUCGGUGGGACAAUACAAACUUUUUAGACCUCGGGUGGUAAAUCAGUCCUCUUUUCAAGCGAUGGGAACUGUCUGCUACUUGAACUGCGGGGAAGCCCCCUGUCCACCGCCAGCGAGUUUCCUCAACAUACACCCCGUGGCUUCAUACUUCCUAAACUCACCACUACAUGCGCGACAGAAAGCCCUCCUUUCUGAGAAAAACAAAAUUGGCCACAGCAUGGAAAGGUGUCCGUCCAGCGUUGCUUUCAAAGACUUAUCCCAAACGCAUUUACAACACUACAUGAAGGAGAGCGCGCAGAUACUGUCGGAGAAACUCUUCAAGAACUCUUCCAAGCUGGGCAGUGGGUCUCCUGGAACCAAGCCUAAGGUUUUCACGUGCGAAGUUUGUGGAAAGGUGUUUAAUGCCCAUUAUAAUUUAACACGUCACAUGCCGGUGCAUACCGGGGCGAGACCUUUCGUCUGUAAAGUGUGCGGCAAAGGAUUCCGCCAAGCAAGCACACUGUGUCGCCACAAAAUUAUCCACACACAGGAAAAACCCCACAAAUGUAACCAGUGCGGAAAAGCCUUCAACCGGAGUUCGACUCUCAACACUCACACAAGGAUUCACGCCGGAUACAAGCCAUUUGUGUGCGAAUUUUGCGGCAAGGGAUUCCACCAGAAAGGCAACUACAAGAACCACAAAUUGACACACAGUGGGGAGAAACAGUUCAAGUGCAGUAUCUGCAACAAGGCCUUCCACCAAGUAUACAAUCUGACCUUCCACAUGCACACGCACAACGACAAGAAGCCUUUCACGUGCCCCACCUGUGGAAAGGGAUUCUGCCGGAACUUUGACCUGAAAAAACACAUCAGAAAACUGCACGACAUCUCUCCAGGAUCUCAGUCACCUCCGAGUCUUCUUAAUGCGAAAGGAGAAGGCCACUAGGUUUCCCUUGCCAUCUCUGAGUUGUUUUUUUCUCCAAUGGAAAUACGUGCUCCCGCAUGCGACCUCUGCCUGUGCGCCGUGAUUUUGUGGACUAAAGCUCCUGUUUAAAUAAUAAUAACAAUAAAAAAGAAAACCUUGGAACCCUCCACGUGAAUCUUAAUCCCAGUUAAUUCUCGUUUUUAUCUCAGGAUUAAAAAUGAUUUUAAAAAAACGCUUUUAUAUUUAUUUUAAAUGCCACUGCUAUAAUAAUUUAAGAGAAUAAUUAAAGCAUAUGAAUAUAUAGAAGAUUAAUUGUUGUGAUGAGUGUGGUACACUGCCCAACUUGAUUUCGUGAUUAUUUAUAUUAUCUUUGUAAAAAUUACACUUAUUUGGCAAUUGUUGACUUUUUUGUUAUUAAUGUGAAUAUAUGCAUUUUUAAGAUUUACUGCCAAUUAUUAUUUGAAAGCAUCAACAUAAAAAUCAAACAAUAAUUGAUUUUAAAAAGUUGUUGUGUUGAAGAACAUUGAAAAUAAUAAAAGGUUAAUGGUA